AUGACUGGAACUAGCCGAAUCACUUUAUAUCUUAUCAAAGAGAUUGAAUUUGCAUGUGUCACCACCACUCCUUACUCUGAGCCUACUUCCUCACCACCAUCAUCCUUACCUCUUCAUCUUUCGCCUUCAUAUCACGACUGCUCGGCUUCUGAUUCGACUCCCACGAAGUCCACUAUCUUAGGCCCACAGAAUAUAACAUUAUCAAGUGAGUCAGGCAGAUUUCGCAGAACUAAAUCAAAUGGGUCUAAUCGAAGCGGGCAGGCUGGUGUCGCUUCCACCUCCCAACAAGACAUCUCUUCUCGCAGCCCUGAUAUUCCGGCUGAUUCAGAUGAAAUAGCUGAAGAGGACCGAUUUUUGGCCAAAAAACGACAGCCAUUCGACAAUAAUACUCGUGCUACCUAUCGUAGUGGACAGACAGCGAAAAGGUUGCGACAAGCUAGGAAGGUAACUUCACAGGUCCGUCGAGGAUCUCUUCGUUCAGGGGAAGCUGGUGGCUGUUAUCAGAAUGAAGAUGAUGAAAACGAUAAUGGUCUUCAGCAAGAUACAGAAGAGAAGGCUGCAGAGGAGGAAGAAGUGGAGGAAGAGGAAGGCAUUUAUGACGAAGAUUUGAUCAGAGAUAAGGAGGUUCAGCCAUAUUCGGAUGAGCUUGCGUUGGAUACUUCGGAUGCCCUGCCACGCCUAACGCGACGACAGCAUCGUCUUCUCCUGGGUGACGCUACACCCGAUCAAGUCGCCAGCUUUUUGCUUCUGCUCGCUGUACCUCGGUCAUCGCCUGGACCUUCCACCAUUGCAAACUCCAGUGUCACCAAUAACUCCUCUUCCAAUUCUCAUGCUAAUAUUGGAGUCAAUGCUUCCAGCCCGGCAUCAGGCAUAGAAGAGCCUCGAAAAACCAAAACGACUGCGUUAUCAUCGGAGAGUAACAAAAUACCACUAACUUCAGUAUCUGGAGAGAAGGAGCGGAAGACCCGAGGAUUGGGAAGACGAGGUCGAGCUAAGUUAGCAGUUUCGCAUGGCUCUAAUGACGAUUCUAGCCCCUCAUCGCCUUUUCUUAUGUCUGAUUCAGAUAGUAUAGCUUUCAGUGAUGAUAACGAUGAUGAAGAGCAGAAGAUUAACGUAGAUUCAGUUCCUACCAACAAAGAAGGCGAAGCGAAAGCUGAAUCGAAACUCAAGAUGGAAAAGAAUGAAGAAGUGAGACCAGAAAUCUUUCAGACCAAGAUAAAACAGCCGGGGAAUGAAGAAGUAAAUUAUGAAGAGGGAAAAGAAAGCAAGGAGGAACAGGAGAAUAAAGAAAGUGAUGUAGAUGGUAAAAAUGAGAAUUUACCAGUAGACAUAUUAAAUUGUAUCAAUGUGUCGCAUCGCCAGCAUAUAGUGCAAGACCUCAAAGGAGUUGAGAUCAUGGCUGAUGAGCUUGAAGGGCCUGAAGAAAAAUCAUCCGGAAUUCUUGAUGUGUCUUAUGAAGACAGUUUUGUGGGGUCUGGCUCUGACUCAAAAAAGUCUUCAGCCUGUCGGCGGGCACGAAUGAGACCACAAGAUUUAUCUUCCGCACAAGGUGAUUGCAUGGUAGCAGAGGAGCUAGGGAAGCAGCGAAACAUUAUACAAGCUUAUAGUCAAGCCGAUGAAGCACCAAGUAUGAUUAUUUACAUUAAUAUUUUAUCUUCUAUACUUAUGUUAAUUUCAUUUUAUUUUACUACAUAUAUUCACCUACUUAACCUUCGACGAAAUCUUUCUUUUCGUGUGCAUUCGUAUGCCUUAUUUUUCCUAUAG